CCCCUCUCAGUCGACGGUCCAAGCCCGUCACCUUAGCCUCUCUCGCCGUUGUCCUUCCUGGCUGUAAAGCCCUCCAGACGCUCUCUUCCCUCCCGUUCCUUUGAUCUCCGUCAUUUUACGUUUCUCUACGGAUAAAAACUCUUACCAAGGCACUUAAAGUCAUGUUUUUCCAUAUCCCCAUUGUUACUCUGGCCCUGUCCCUCGCUGCCCUCGCCGUUCCUCACGACAACAACAUUCAUGCCCAUCGCCAUAAUGGCGUCGCCAAACGAGCUCGCGGAGACCUCAACAAUUUUGUUAAGCGAUACGAUAACGCUAGAUGGACUUUUUAUGAUGUUGGGUUAGGUGCUUGUGGUUCUACCAGUGUCUCAAGCGAUUAUAUCGUCGCUCUCAACUCCGAGCAAUAUGGAAGUGGAUAUCCUGGUCCUUACUGCUUCCAGACUAUCACUAUGACAUACAAUGGAAAGACGACGACUGCAACAAUUAUGGACGAAUGCCCCGGCUGUCCCUACGGAGGGUUGGAUUUGUCUCGUGGUCUCUUCGACUUCUUCGCUGAUGAAUCGGCUGGUGUCCUUUAUGGGACGUGGACCUUCAGUAGUGGCGGUUCAGGCGCAGCUUCGAGCUCAUCAUCCACUUAUGUGUACACACCCACAACGACCAGUACCACUCCUCAGUGGACCCCCUCGACCACCUCUUCCAGUUCACAGUGGACACCCACGACCACUAGCAGCACUUGGACCCCACCAACUACAUCAACUAGUUCCACUUGGAGUUCCUCCAGCACCAGCUCUAGUUCCACCUGGAGCGCACCAACGACGUCUUCGUCUUCAACCUGGUCAUCCUCUUCGUCGUCGUCGUCGGCAUGGUCCUCUUCCUCUUCCUUCGAUUCGUCAUCAGCUUCUGCUUCCAGUGCAUCAAUAGUGGUCGGCGUUAUCCAGUAACAGUAUGGUUGUUCCGACUGGUACGGUUGAACAGUCUACCGGUGAUGGUCCGCAGAUCCUGUAUUACAUGAAUCAGGUCGUGGUCAACGCGGCGGGUGUAGUGCUUGUGGGAGCUCAACAGUUGCCCUAGGUGGAGUAAAGGCUCUCUUCACGCAAUCUCCGACUCUAGCAGUCUUGAAGCUUGGAAGAUGAUUUGGUUUCAUCGUUAUCAUUAUUAUCAGCAUCGUUAUACCUCCCGUUGAUCGUUCUGUGCUUGCUUGCGCUGCUGGAUACCCUUGUUUAUCACAUUCAUUGAAUUACCCUUUAUCUCAUCGAUAUUUCUUGACAUUUCUCACUUUGCACCUUGCAAGCUUUUUUGUUAUUCAUGUGGGUUUUAUUUAAAUGACAUUGCGGCAUAAGACAUAUAAGUACAUCUUAAUGUAUGUUCAUAACGCUGGCGCUUUUAAUACUUAGCAAUUUUUAAACCUGUUUGUGAAAGGGGGA